UUAGUCUUGCACCGAUCUUCAUGCCUGGCAACUAACAAAAUCCACCCGGGGGAGCUGCUCUUCCCCAGCACAGACUUGGAUAUUUACUGCUUUGGGGGCUGGGGAUCUUUUCUGAUCUACUAUAUAUAUUUUGGACACUGGACGCCAUGUUGUGGAAACUAGCAGAUAAUGUCAAAUAUGAAGAGGACUGUGAGGACCGGCACGACGGGAGCAGCAAUGGGAACCCCAGGCUCCCCCACCUUUCCGCCGUCAGCCAGCACUUGUACAGCCCGGCUCCGCAGCUCUCCCAUUCCGGGACGUCCGACUUCCAGCCCCCCUACUUCCCACCCCCCUACCAGCCUCUGCCUUACUCCCAGUCCAGCGAUCCCUACUCCCACCUCGGGGACCCCUUCUCCAUUAACCCGCUCCACCAGCCUCCUCCCCCUCCACCCAGCCAGCAGCAGCCCGCCUGGCCCAGUCGGCAAAGCCAGGAUCCCACCGGCCUGGUCCAUCACGCCAGGCCUGGCCUGGUCCCUCAUCUCUCGGCGCUGGAGAGCGGCUCGGCCGGGGGCAGGAGGGAAACCUACAGGCGCUCUGAGCUCCUCCUGCCCCACGGACACGGGCUGGACGCUUCCACGCUCGCCGAGAACCUGGCGCUGCAUGAGAUGGCUCAUCAGAUGGAAGAGGUGCCGAAUGUGGAAGAUCAACACUUACUAAUGCAUGACCAGACAGUCAUUAGAAAAGGUCCCAUUUCAUUAACAAAAAACAGCUCGCUGAGUCUCCCCUGCCAGAAGGAUGGAUUAAUUGGAGUGGUGAUAAACCCCAAUGAAGUGUUUUGUUCUGUUCCGGGGAGACUUUCUCUGCUGAGUUCCACAUCUAAAUAUAAAGUGACAGUAGCAGAGGUUCAGAGAAGGCUCUCACCUCCAGAAUGUCUAAAUGCUUCCUUGCUAGGAGGAGUACUCAGAAGAGCCAAAUCUAAAAAUGGUGGCAGAUCAUUAAGGGAAAAACUGGAUAAAAUUGGCUUGAAUCUUCCAGCUGGUAGAAGGAAAGCCGCAAACGUGACAUUAUUGACAUCUUUGGUGGAAGGUGAAGCUGUACAUCUUGCUCGUGACUUUGGUUAUGUAUGUGAGACAGAGUUUCCUUCCAAAGCAGUGGCCGAAUAUUUAACCAGACCACAUUUGGGCCGUAAUGAGAUGGCUAACAGGAAAAAUAUGCUUCUUGCUGCAAAGCAGAUAUGUAAGGAAUUCACAGACCUCCUCACUCAGGAUAGAACUCCUCUUGGAAACACUAGACCUAGUCCAAUCUUGGACCCUGGCAUCCAGGGCUGUUUGACUCAUUUUAGCCUGAUCACGCAUGGCUUUGGGAGUGCUGCCAUCUGUGCUGCCAUGACAUCUGUCCAGAACUACCUAAAUGAAGCAUUAAAAAUAGCAGACAAAACAUAUAUGAACACUGGCGACCAAAGUCCUGCAGAAACCAACAAAAACAUUGAUAAAAUGGAUAAGCACAGGAAGUAAAAUCAGGGAAACCAGACUUUCAAACUGUUCCUCCAAAACACAGACUGGGAUCUUCUUGCCUAAGGGGCAUGUAGAAAUUUGGUUACUUUCCCUCCCCCCUCUCUUUUUAAAACAACAAAACAUCUUAUUCAGGAUCUUCACUCCCUCUGGAUCUGUAAGACAAGUCUUUCUAAAGCUGCAGUACCUCCCUUAACUGUGGAAUCCGUUACCAGAAGAUAAGUACUGGUGAAAUGUAUUAAAAUCCUUUGCUGUUAAAGUGGUGCUAUAAAGUCUUUGGUGGAAAUAUACUAAGAUAUGUAGAGUUUUCAAACAUCUAAAUAUCUAGUGGUGACAAGCUACCGUGUAUAUUUUUUUGAGAUAUGGAUUUUGGAUGGGAUACUCUUCGUUAUCUGGAAAAAGUCAGGUUUUUAGUCUUUAAAGCCAACAAUAACUAUAAUGCAGUAUUAAACAAGGUAUUUAGAUUUAUGUGCAUGGUGUAUUUUAUAAACACAUGACAAACACCAAGAUCAUUCUGUUUUGCUUUAUUUUCAGAUGACCAUAUGAAAAAACUGGUAUCGGCGUAAAUGAAAGAGCUAUUUGAUGCAUUUGACAUGCUUAUUUUAAUUCUUAUUAUUUAUGGAAAUAUUUAGGCUUUUAAAAAUUGCAGUUUUCCACAGUGGAAAUUAU